ACCGAGCUGCAGCUCUGGGGGCCCCAGGUAACAGGGAGAAUGCGUGGAAAUGUAUGCAACCAACCAAGACUCAUGGGAAGAUGAGAAGGAAACGGUUUGGCUCUGAAAGAGGCUGCAGCUCCAACAAUUUUUACUUUAGAUGCAAAUAUCCACAGCAUGCCAAAACUAGCAGUACCAAGUUUUUGCAGUGGCAAAUCUCUCUCCCGCUCUUUGUUAUUUGCCAGUUCCCAUGCUCCUCAGAAGAUGCGUGUUUUCCACAUGGUUUUGAGCCUUAUUAACACACCUUGUAGUUUUCCAUGCCCAUUCCAGAAUCCUUGCUCUUUUUACAGCUGUAUACUAUUCCUCUGUGGGUAUAGACACUCUUACUUCCCUCCUGUCUGAAUGGUCUUUUGGGUUUUGGCCUGCACUGUGAUGUUUCAGCUUGUAUGUUAAGAGGGUUCUUUAAAAAAUUCAUGGAAAAGUGGAAUUAAACAUUGAAGGGUUUUGCACCAAAAUAACCUUUUCUUUUAAUUCAAUUUCCCAUGAAUUUUUUGCAGUUCCCUCAAAUUGCUUGGCAUAUGUCCAGUUGCACCCUGGCAUAAAUCCUGCAAGUGGAAAUACUAGGCCAGAGUGUGCUGCCCUGGUCCUGGUGGUGGGGACUGCCUACCUUCUCCUGUGGGGAAGAGGGGAAGGAGCCCACUGGGGCUCGUGCCUCUAGCUGCUCUGUGCUUCCAGCUGUUUGAUCAUCGACCUGUGCUCACCCACUCUGAGCUCUGGUUUUUAAAAUCAGUAGAAUGUGGCCCACUCACUUGUGGGGUAAAAUGAGAAUCUGCUGCCUACAUCAUUUAGUUCAGGGCCAGCCGCAGGGUGAAAGUGAUCAAGAUGUCCUCUGCGUCUUCCACAGGGCGGGCAGCCCGGGCUCUCCCUGGUGCCUGCUGGAGCCUGUGUUUAGAGCCAAGGACUGAGCCCGGCUGCUGAGCCAUCGGCCUGCACUGGGAUGGCCACUGGCCACGCCACCAGCUGUGGUGUCUCUGAGACUCCUGCUGUGCUCCGGUCUCCACUGGGCCUUCCUAGGGUAGACUGUGAGGGAACCUCCCUGAAGGAAGCUGCCCACAACUAGCCACACUGUUUUCUAUCUGCAGCAGUGGGAGCAUACUCUUUCAUGACAAAGGGAAUUAAAGUAAUCUCACUUUGGUGCACAGAUGUUUGAAAUCCAUGCAUAUGAGGAACGUUCGAAAAGUUCAGGAAAAGUACAGAAUGUAAAAAGCUGAUGUGUGGAUUUCAGUUUUUGCACCUAUCUUGAUGUUCUUGCACAGACUAUGGGAAGUGCCCUUGCCCUAGCCUUACACAGUACUGAGUAUCAUACUUGUGUGAUCCCACUGCGUUCUCAGCAUUGUCCCAGAGGGUUCGAGGUACUAGUCUCCACCAAGCCAGCCUCCUCCCUGCCAUACACCCUGGCCCCACCCACCCCCUGCGAAGAAUGUGUGUCUGCAGGAACUUGAGUCGCCCUGUGAGCGCUCCUCUGGGUGCCAGGGCCCCUGUGUGCCUGCGGUGUUUCCCGUUGCCCUGCUUUACACUGGGGAUGAGCCCUACUCUGAAACAUGUGUGGCCAGAGUAGAAGGUGAGUUACAUUUUUCUGUGGCCAGGAAUGGAGUCCAUCUGUGAAAGGAAACCCUUAAACCUGCUACCCCCAUCUCCAAACGCUCGCGUGAGGCUUUGCCCCAACGCCGUGGCUGCCAGCACUGGGUAUGAAAUGUGAGCUGGCAGCCAACCUUCUGCCUUCUCUCGUCCUCAUGCACAGCCCCCCGUGGUGCCUGUGUGCCUCUUCUCUUUGCUGCUACAGGGCGUUGGGAUGGACUGGGGACCCAGGAUCUGCAGGGUGGAUUUCUUUGUGGAGUCCUGAAGCAGUGGCCCAGGUGCUUCCUUGCCCUGAAAACAUGAGCGGAGAGAAGGAAGAAGCCACCUUCAGUAUACUCAGGGUUUAUGAUGAACCAGAAGAGAUGAGGACUAUGCCAGAAAGCUCUGGGAUUUCCUCUUGGCACCAGCUGGACUGUCUGCCUGGAGCCCCGCAGCUGCCCCCAGACCCCCAGAGGCAGCAUGGCCCAGCUUCUCAAGACGGAAAUGAAAUGUCCCAGAUGCAGUGGUGCCUCCACGCCCCAGACCCAUCUUGGCCCAAGACCACACAGCUGGAACCAGGAGAGGCAGCAGGGUCCAGUCCAGGCUCUCUGCCAGGAUCUGCGUUUGGCCAGCCCUGUUCUUCAUCCCCUCCUAGCGAAGUCCAGGCGCUCCUCAGAGCCAUUCCUCCUGUUCCGGAUGAACUGGUGGUCAAGAAGCAGACCCCAAGUGGCUUGUGGAAGGUUGGCACACUCCGCCAUAGAAAGCGAGUCCAUGCCAUGGCCAUCAGUGGCUCGACCCACCAUGUAUACACGUGUGGCUCUGGCUACAUCAGGGUGUGGGAUGAGAGCGCUCUGCAUGCCUGGGACAAGCCUCCCCAGGCCCAGCUGGACUUUGAGGAUCCUCACAACUGCGUCCUCACCUGCAAGCUGUCCCCCGACGAGCGGAGCCUGAUCACGGGGGGCAUGUCUCAGACCCUGACCCUCUGGGACCUGGUGCCCACGCCUCGUGUCAGAGCACAGCUGGCUUCCACGGGUCCCGUGUGCUGCUCCCUGGCGGUCUCCUCUGACGCCCAUAUCUGCUUGGCUUGUUUCAGAGGACUUGUUGAGAUCUGGGAUUUGCAGAACCAGAUCCUGAUCAGGAAGCUUGAAGUCCCCAAAUACGGGUCCCGAUGCAUUGACGUCGCAGGCAAUAAGUUCUGGACGGGAGGUGAAGACACCACUUUGUACUCCUGGGACCUGAGGAGCUCCGAGAGGCUGCAGCGGCACGAUUUACAGCACGAGAUCCUUACCAUUACUCAUGACCCCAGUGAGGAGUGGGUGUUAGUGGGCUUGAGAACAAGCAACAUUGUCAUCCUGCACACUCAGCGGACAGAGAAGUUCAAGAUUAUCAGACAAAAAUAUGUCCACCACCACAACCUCAAGUUUGCCUCCUGUGGGAGCUACUUUGUGACCACACAGGACGAGAGCAUCCACGGCAUCGCGGCACCCUCUCUGCAAAGGUUGUUUCAGGUGGAGGAACCUUCAGAAAUCCUGUGUUGCGAUGUGUCCUCUGACAACCGGUAUCUGGUGACGGGCAGCAGGAACAGUGCCACGGUGUACCAGCUCUUGUACUGAUGGCCAUGUGCCUUACACCUGCCCGAGGAGACCCACCACGGCCAUCAUAGCUGGGGCGGGGCGGGUGUGUGACCUCACUUUGCUGGACAGCUUCAAUACCUGCCACCCCUCCACCUUGGCCUUGCACUUCCAGGUUUUUAAUAGAUGGCUUGGGCUUUUUUUCUACCAGUGAUACAUGGGUUUUGGUGGGAACUGGCCUCUGUAGUUAAUAAAAUAGCAAAGAAAAAAAACCAAUAUGGCUUGGGCAUGUGUCCAUUUCUUGCAAAUAAGUCAUUGUGCUGGGUAGCUGAGGCCUGUGGUCAGCACGUGGAGGCACAGUUUCCCUCUGUUCUUGUCAGUGUAGGGAAAAAAUUUUAGACCAGACUUAGUUUUGUUUGUGACCUCUCUUGGGCAGCAAGGAAUUUUUUGGAUUCUUAAGAAUGUGCAAAAAAAAAAAAAAAUAUAUAUAUAUAUAUAUGGACUAUCAGGCCUGUAUAUCUGCUGAUUCAACCAAAUGUGGGUGGAAAAUAUUCAGAAAGAAAUAGUACCUACCCUGAACCUGUGCGAUGCAGUGUGGCAACUCUGUAGAUAGCACUGACACUUGGUGCCAGGCAAGCUGCCUACCUCCAUGUCGCAGGAUCGUUUCCUUCGUGUCUGAGGCUAUGACAGUGCAGUCUUUUAUCUGGCUGAUAAAACCCAACUCCUGAAAAAAUACUACCUAAGAGGGUACUUUGAAAAGUUCUUGGGAAGUAUUGAACAAAAAAAUGAAAUGCAUAGUCUGUUCAUAAGGUGCAUUUUCAUGGACUUUUUUUGAAGGGCUCUCAUUCUUGUGGACUUCAAAAAUCCCAUUUCCCAUGAACUCUGGAAAUAGCCUCACCAGCUUGCUUUCCAGUUCUCUGCCUCCUCCUCUUGGCUCAAUGUUGGCGUGGCUGAGACAUCCUGGAAAAAAAAAAAAAAAGCCAUGGGAGUUACCAAGAUCAAGUUCAGAAUCGUGGUAAUCUGGAGAGAUACCAGCUCACAGCAAGAUAGAGGAGGGCUUCAGCUCCACCUGCAAUAUUUACUUCUUCAGAAAUAAAUCAUGGCUCAUCAAAAUUAAAAAAAGUGAGCAGAUAACUCACAGAAUGGUGGAAAAUAUUUGCAAGUCACGUUUUUGGCAAGGAGCUUGUAUCUGCAAAAAGGGACUCAUAACUCAACAGUAAGACAAGCGAUCUGAUUUUUGAAAGGGCAAAGGAUUUGAGUAGAUGUUUCUCAGAGAUGCUCUGCAUUAUUAGUCCUUCGAGAAAGGCAAGUCAAGCCACCGGGAGGUCUCACUUCCCGCCCUGUAGGAAAAAAGACGGUAAGUGUCGGUGAGGACACGCAGAACCUGGAAUCCUCUUGCACUGCUGCUGGGCUUGUAAACUGGUGCAGCCACCUGGACAGCUGGACAGCUUCAGAAUGCUAAACAGAGGUACCACAUCACCCAGAAACUCCACUCCUACAUACGCUUGUCCACCCAAGAUAAUCAAAAACUAAGGCACAGCAAUUGGGAGCGACAGAUUGAAAGAACUCUAAAACCCUUGGGAAAGAAGGUGAGAGUCCCAGUUACCGGUAGUUUUAGAGAAGCAUCUGGAUUAACUACUGCAAGGAUAUUAAUCAGGUAUACAAUUUACAGGCAGAUUAAGCAUGUGUUGGUCAGCUCUUCACUACCAUGAUCAAAUAGUUUUGUGAAAAGAGGUUUAUUUUGGCUUAAAGUUCUGGAGGUUUGUGGUGCAGGAUUGGGCAGGCCCCACUGGUGCAACCUCAGGGGACGGUGUUCUUGCUGGCAGUGUCCUGGGGUGGCACAGAGUAUGACAUGGUGAGAGACAGGGAGAGUGCACAUCUGUCUGUACUUCUCCUUGUCAAGCCAGCAGGAUUCAAUCUGAUCACCCCAGCCAUCAUAGUUGGAUUAAGUUUCCACCCUCUUGGGAGCCAAGCAGUGUAAGUUUGGAAAAAUCAUAUUCAAGAACUAACAGGAAAAAUAAUACGUGUACAGGAUAAUAAAAUAAAAAGAAUAAAAGAAAAUCAACAAAGAAAAGGUAAAACAGAAAAGCUUAUUGAAAUGGUAGAUUAAAAUCCAAAUAUAUCAGUAAUUAUAUUAAAUGUAAAAGGAUUAAGUAGUCCUAUUAAUCUGUGUAGAUUAUAUGACCAAUUACAAAAUCUGUUAUAUAUAUUUUAAAAAUUUAUUUUUUAUUUGAAAGGCAAAGCUAUGGAGAGAGGAGGAAAGAUAGAUCUUUCAUUUGCUGGUUUACUCCCUAAAUGGACACAACAGCCAGGACUGGGCCUCUCGGGUGUGAAGCCAGGAGCCAGGAGCUUCUUCCAAAUUGCCCACGUGAGUGCAGGGGCCCAAGCACUUGGGCCAUCUUCCGCUGCUUUCAUAGGCACGUUAGCGGGGGAGCUGGAUUGGAAGUAGAGCAGCCAGGACUUGAACCAGCAUUCAUAUGGGAUGCCAGUGUUGCAGGGGAGGCUUAAUCUGCUAUGCCACCAUGCUGGCCCCCAUAUGUAUCCUUUAAACAUCUAUUGAAAAGGCAGAGUAAUAGAGAUCCUCUAUUACUCUAUUGUUGGUUCACUCUUUGAAUGCCCUUACCAGCUGAGACAGGACCAGGCCGAAGCCAGAAGCCAGGAAACUCCAUUUGAAUCUCCUACAUGGAUGAUAGGGACCAAAAUAUUUGAGCCACCACCCAGGGUACACACCAGCAGGAAGCUGGAUUGAAAUUAGAGAUAGGCCCCCAUUCCGGCACUUUCGUUUAGGAUGUGAAUGUCCCAAAUGGCUUAACUCACUGUACCAUGAUGCCCACCUUCCUGUAUGUUUAAAAGAGACAUUGUGGCUGCUAGCAUAAGGCCAGGGCAGCCUUAGGAGUGAACCAGCAGAUGGAGAAUUUAUUUCUCUCUCUCCCUCACCCACCACUCCCUGGCCACUGCCUUUCAAACAAAUAAAUAAACCAAUCUUUUUUGUUUGCUUUAAAGAUUUAUUUAUUUAUUUGAAAGAAUUACAAACAGAGAGAGGAGAGGCAGAGAGAGAGUGAACCAUCCACUGGUUCACUCGCCAAUUGGCUGCAACAGCCAGAGCUGUGCCAAUCCAAAGCCAGGACCCAGGAGCUUCAUCCGGGUCUCCCACAUGGGUGCAGAGGCCCAAGAAUUUGGGCCAUCUUCUACUGCUUUCUCAGGCCACAGCAGAGAGCUGGAUCGGAAGUGGAACAGCCAGGACUCGAACUGGUGCCCAUAUGGGAUGCAGGCACUGCAGGCAGCAGCUUUACCUGCUAUGCCAUAACACCAGCCAAAAUAAGCCAAUCUUUUAAAAGCAAGUUAAAGCAUUAGGAUACAGAAAAUGUGGCAAUAAAGAAUACAAAAAGUUGGCCGGUGCCACAGCUCACUAGGCUAAUCCUCUGCCUGCUGCGCCAGCACCCCAGGUUCUAGUCCCGGCUGCUCCUCUUCCAGUCCGGCUCUCUGCUGUGGCCUGGGAAGGCAGUGGAGGAUGGCCCAAGUGCUUGGGCCCUGCACCUGCAUGGGAGACCAGGAGGAAGCAUCUGCCUCCUGGCUUCGGAUUGGCGUAGCGUGGCGGCUGUUUGGGGAGUAAACCAAGGGAAGGAAGACUUUUCUAUUUCUCUCCCACUGUCCAACUCUGCCUGUCAAAAAAUAUAUAUAUAUAAAAAGUUAAUUCAUAAAUACACUAACUCAAAGCAGUGAGUUUAUUAAUAUUAGACAACAUAUACUAUAAAGCAAAAAAAUAUUGGACAUAAAGAACUCUUCAUAAGUGUUUGGAUUCAAUUCAUUGGGAAGAUGCAAGCAUUCUGUUUAUGUAUUUGGAGCCUAUGUUAAUAAAUGCAUAAA